AUGGUGGAGCAGGGAGACGCGGCGCCGCUGCUGCGCUGGGCCGAGGGCCCCGCGGUCUCCCUGCCGCAGGCCCCGCAGCCGCAGGCGGGAGGACGCGGCCGGGGUGGCGGCCGGGGCGCCCGGGCGGUCGCGGAGCCGCGCAGGAGGCGGGAACCUGAGGAGCCGGCUCCCUCCGAGGUGCUGCUACAGCCCGGGCGCCUGGAGCUGGGCGACGUGGAGGAGGACCAGGUGGUGGCAGUGUUCGUGGUCACCUUCGACCCCCGCUCUGGAAACAUGGUGGAAUGGUGCUUACCUCAAGAUAUAGACCUUGAAGGUGUUGAGUUCAAGUCUAUGGCCAGCGGGUCCCAUAAAAUUCAGUCUGACUUCAUCUAUUUCCGAAAAGGGCCCUUCUUCGGCCUGGCCUGCUUUGCCAACAUGCCCGUGGAAAGCGAGCUGGAACGUGGGGCACGGAUGAAGUCUGUGGGCAUCCUCUCUCCUUCCUACACCCUGCUUUACCGGUACAUGCACUUCUUGGAGAACCAGGUUCGACACCAGCUGGAGAUGCCGGGACAUUACUCUCAUCUGGCUGCCUUCUAUGAGGACAAGAAAGGGGUGCUCCAUGCCGGCCCCGGCAGAGGCAGCAGCCUGCCCCCUGUCUACUGGCUGCCUUCCAUCCACCAAUACAUGUACCCUGAGAUGAAGAUCACACACCCAGCUGGCUGCAUGUCUCAGUUUAUUAAGUUCUUUGGAGAACAGAUCCUCAUCCUCUGGAAAUUUGCCUUGCUCCGAAAGCGCAUUUUGAUAUUUUCUCCCCCACCUGUGGGCGUUGUGUGCUACAGAGUGUACUGCUGCUGCUGCCUGGCCAACGUCUCGCUGCCUGGCAUCGGGGGCACCAUUCCUGAGUCCAAGCCUUUCUUCUACGUGAACGUGGCUGACAUCGAGAGCCUGGAGGUAGAGGUGUCCUAUGUGGCCUGCACCACAGAGAAGAUAUUCGAGGAGAAGCGGGAGCUGUACGACGUCUAUGUGGAUAACCAGAAUGUGAAGACGCACCACGACCACCUGCAGCCGCUGCUGAAGAUCAACAGUGCGGACAGGGAGAAGUAUCGGCGGCUCAAUGAACAGAGGCAGAUGUUGUUGUAUUCCCAGGAAGUAGAAGAAGACUACAACCCUUGUGAAGAGGACCUGUUUGUGCUAUUUUUCUUAGAACAAAACAACCGGAUAUUUCAGACUUUGUUGGAGGUGUCUGCCAGUCAAGACAAAACUCUGACAGCAGAGCAUGCCCGGGGCAUGGGUCUGGACCCCCAAGGAGACCGCAGCUUUCUCAUGGACCUGCUGGAGGCCUAUGGCAUCGAUGUCAUGUUGGUCAUUGACAACCCCUGUUGCCCAUAGGAAGAGUGACACAGAGCUACAGAGCCACUCACGUGAGGUGACAGCAGCCUGGAGUUCACCCCAGACCCUAAAGGGCCUCAUUUUUUAUUAAGUUUACACAAAGGAAUAUUGUUUAUACUUUCCAUCUAAUGUAAUUUUUGUAAUUUCCUUUCUGCCCUUUGAACCUAGACGUAAGGUAAGACUGCCCUGGUUUUGUGUCCUGCUUUGGUGUAGGGCACUGGAAUCUGCCACUUUCUCCUAGAGCUGCUUGUCCUUUGACUUUGGUCUUAGGAGUUGUUUCACUCUGAGCGGGCUGAGCCCUGGAAACCUGGGGAUGGACUGUUCAGAAUGUAUGUAUGGUCUUUGUCCCUUAGUAUAUUCAAGAAUAAGACAACCAUCUGUCGAAUGUGGCCUUAGAUACUCAUCUGCCUAAAGGUGGAAACUAGGCCAAAUGACCUGUCAAGGUUUCUGUCAGUUGUAAAAGUCAGUAGUCUAGGGAUCAGAUCUCUCUUCUUGUUCACCAGGGCAACUCUGUCUUCCCUGUUCACUUGAGUUGGGACCACAAAAGGACAAAAGGAUAUUUCUUACACCAAAUAUCAGUGUCUCUUAAGGACAGAA